UAUAAAAAGUUAUGGGUCCAUGCUCAAUAUUUUGCUGUAAAAAAGAGGAUAAUUAAGUAAUGGAAAAGCAAAUAAUAACUGAGAUAAAUCAUGCUUUAACAACAGAAGAUCCGAAAGUAACAGAAUUUUAAGAGAAAAUAACAUCAAUAAUAAAAAUAUAAGCACAUUAUAGAGGACAUAGUGUAAGGAAAAGAAUGAUUUAGCAAGAAAAUAAAUAAUUAAAAAAGGAGAGUUCACUUUCAAAUAGAAUUUGUAUACUUGAAGCAUUAUUAGAGGAGGACUAAUAAAAAAUAAAAUAGACAGAAAAUAUUUUAGAGCCUAUCGAAUUACCUGAAAUAGAAAUGGUUGAUGGAAGCAAGUACAAAGGAUAAUGGAUGAAAGGAUAGAGAUGGGGUUAUGGGAGACAUUAAUGGAUAGAUGGUUCUGUAUAUGAAGGUGAAUGGUAGAAUAAUUUUGCUUGGGGAAAAGGUAAAUUAUUACAUGCAGAUGGAGAUGAAUAUGAAGGAGAAUGGUAAAGAGAUCAAGCAGAUGGUUUUGGUAUUUAUGUACAUUCAAAUGGUGCUCGUUAUGAAGGUUAAUGGAGAAAUGAUUAGUAGAGUGGAAAAGGUAUAGAAAUAUGGAAGGAUGGAUCUAAAUAUGAAGGAGAAUAUAAGAAUGGUAAGAAACAUGGAUUUGGACAUAUAUAUUUUGUUGAUGGAUCAGAAUAUGUUGGAUAAUUUUUUGAAAAUUAGAUACAUGGAGAUGGAGAAUAUAUUUGGUUUGAUGGCAAAUCCUAUAAUGGUUAAUGGAAAAAUAAUAAAAUGGAUGGAUAUGGCACUAUGACUUGGUCAGAUGGUAAAAAAUAUGAAGGAGAAUAUAAAAAUGAUUAAAAACAUGGAUUCGGAACAUUUUAUUGGGGGGAUGGUAGAUUUUACUGUGGACUAUGGCUCAAUGGAAAACAAAAUGGAGAAGGAGAAUAUACUACUGCCUCAGGUUAAAAUAGAAAAGGAAUUUGGGAAUAAGGUAGAAGAGUUAAAUGGUUAUGA